AUGUCUCAUCAUCUCACCAUCCUUCAGGCUUUGCUGCUGUCACUUUCUGCCCUGGCAAUGGCCUCACUGACGCAAAACAGCCACGGCAGUCACGCUACAGGCCCACGCAAAAAGUCGAUUAAUGACCGGUCCGCCGCCGAGCUGAUCGAAGCACUAAACCUAAUUCCCAAUGUAGAGCAAGGCUUCUUUGUUGAGACGUUCCGCGAUGAAUUCACGUCAGGCACGGCCAUCAACCGGUCGGCCAGCACUGCCAUCUACUACCUGCUUGAGGGCAAGGUGGGUUGGUCGGCAUGGCACAAGGUCGAUGCGGCAGAAGUAUGGCAUUACUAUGCCGGCGCGCCUCUGACCUUGUCACUGUCAACAAACGAUGGCGUGGGGACCAGGAACGUCGUGCUUGGCCGGGAGAUUUUCAACGGGGAAAAGCCUCAGGUGGUGGUGCAAAGAGGCGAGUGGCAGAGGGCCAGAAGUACAGGCAAAUGGACCUUGGUUGGGACAACAGUUGCGCCUGGUUUUGUGGAGAGUGGAUUUGAGCUUGCGCCGCCUGGUUGGAUGCCAACGUAAAAGGACAGAGAGGAAAGCUGAGGGGGAAAUGCCUGUUGCACCGCAGUUGAUAGGAUUAAGACUUCAUCGUACCAGUAAUUGACUGUACUAUGUGCCAAAAAUAUCACCAGUCCUGUG